AUGAUUUUUAGAAUUCGAGUGACCUUUACUUUUAGACGACGUUAUGGAUUUUAUAUUUUGCAAGCUUAUGUGCCAACUUACCUCACUAUAAUUGUAAGUUGGGUAGGUUUUUGCAUGGAACCAAAAGCGUUACCUGCCAGAACAACCGUUGGCGUUUCAUCUUUGCUAGCGCUUACGUUUCAAUUCGGAAAUAUCCUCAAGAAUCUCCCUCGGGUAUCUUACAUCAAAGCUAUGGAUGUGUGGAUGGCAUUCUGGAAGCAAUCGAAGAAUGAGCAGUUUUUCAAUGACUUGAAAGUAGAAACUAAAAACAGAUCAAUUAUGAGCACUAGAAUUUCAGGUUGCAUAACUUUCGUUUUUGGUACAAUGGUUGAACUAGCAUUUGUUUGUUAUAUUACCCGUUGUUUUGGUGGGAAUUUGAAGAAGAAAAUUACAACAAGAAGAUUUGAGCCUUGGCGGCGUCUGCAAUCACAAUCGGCUUUGUCAAAUCUUAAUGGUACUUACAGAAAAAGCUCAUUUAGAAGUCGAAUCUUAAAAACAUCUUCAGGCCAUUCAUUGCUGUAUCAUUCCAAGAGAAUGCGACACAAAGGUAAAAUCCGAAGUAAUGCUACUACAUCAAUUUUUCGAGAGUCGCCAUCACCUCCUUUGACUAUGCAGAACUUAUCACAGCGACCCUUUCGUGUCAUGGAUCAUUGCUCUAAUAAUAUUCAAUCGAUAACUACUGAAGAAAAGCUUACAUUUAAAGAGUUUAUCACCAGUUCCCAUAACAGUGAUUCAAUUAGUGCUGCUACACUAAUGAAUUCCCAGAAAUCAAUUUCUUUCAUACAACAGGCAACUAGAAAUGUAAACCCAUGCACAGUGAAGCGGAAUUUGCUACUAAUUGAUAUCAAACCAGAAACAGUCGACAAAUUUUCUCUCGUAUGCUUCCCUCUGGCAUUCACUCUUUUCAAUUUCAUGUACUGGUGGUACUACUUGUUCCAUGUACACUCCAGUACGCCAGACUAA